AUGGAAAUGAAAAACUGCACCAGGGUAAGAGAAUUUAUUUUCCUUGGCCUGACCCAGAACAAGGUGAGCUUGGUCUUGUUCCUCUUCCUACUCUUGGUAUAUGUGACAACUCUGCUGGGAAGCCUCCUCAUCAUGGUCACUGUGACCUGUGAGUCUCGCCUUCAUACCCCCAUGAAUUUUCUGCUCCGUAAUUUAUCAAUUGCUGAUAUCUGCUUCUCCUCCAUCACAGCUCCUAAGGUUCUGUCUGAGAGAAAGACCAUUUCAUUCAAUGGCUGCCUCGCUCAGAUGUUUUUCUUCCACCUUAUUGGAAGAGUAGAUGCAUUUUCGCUGUCAGUGAUGGGAUAUGUGACCAUCUCCAAACCCCUGCACUAUGUGACCAUCAUGAGUAAAGACCGUUGCAUUGGGUUAACAGUGGCUGCCUGGCUGGGGGGCUUUACCCACUCCAUCAUGAAAAUUGCCCUGUCCCCCCUUCCCUUCUGUGGACUCAAUGUUCUUGACAGUUUCUACUGUGAUGUCCCUCAAGUCCUCAAGCUCGCCUGUACAGAUAUUUUCAUACUUGAGCUGCUUAUGAUUUUCAACAGUGGGCUGCUCACCACACUGUGACUUUUUUUGCUCCUGGUGUCCUAUAUGGUCAUAUUAUCAUUACUAAGAUCUCAGGCAGGGGAGGGCAGAAGGAAAGUCAUCUCCACCUGUACCACCCAUAUCACUGUGGUGACUCUGCAUUUUGUACCCUGCAUCUAUGUCUAUGUGCAGUCCUUCACUGCUCUCCCCACUGAUAAGGCCAUCUCUGUCACCUUCACUAUCAUCUCCCCUCUGCUGAACCCCUUGAUCUACACUCUGAGAAACCAUGAGAUGAAGUCAACCAUGAGGAGACUCAGGAAAAGACUUGGACCUUCUUAGAGGGAAUAG